GCACAGAACAGGAGCGAACGGCAGCCUGGGCUGUCGUAGUUGUAACCUCUGAAAACGGCGGUCGGCUCAAGACAAGACUUGUGGGACGCGCGCCUUCUAGCGCUAGGCCUCGACCCCGGGGGAUCAACCACAAAACUGCCUGCCCAUGCUCUGAGGUGGACGGACUCUGGGUGUGAUUCGAGAUAAUUGCGCUGAUACGACCAUAUUGCUCCCUUUGCACAUGGCGUAGAAGUGGGUUGGAAAUCACCGAGGCCUUGACGUUCUUCUGCGUGGAAACCUAGGUGUUUGGCUCGGGGAGCGUCGUGCUGGACUUCCACGCAGGCGAACAUCCUCUCGGGAAGGGCUCGAUCGAAGCACAUGGAGAGCACCAGAGCCGCGGGCGUUCUUCGUGUUGUGGUCCUAUCGGGAGUUGUCUGGCCCGCUGAAGUAGAGCUGGUAUGCCUUUCGAUCUGCAAUGCCUGCCGCGAGAGCAGCACGAACUAUUCCAUGGUGGUCACGGCCAAGAACGUUCGCCUCGUUUCACCUUCAAGGCGGCAAGAUGAAGGAGGAGCAUCAUCACCCUUACCACUCUGCGGCGGUGACAUAAAUAGUGACAGCGCCGUGCCUGUGAUACCUGCCGAGAACAGUAGAGUACUGCCUCACCGCCGGAUUUCUCGACUGGCGUUUCGCGUCGACUUGCCGUUGUCGCAAGUCGUUUGGCCCGAAGGCCUUCGUGGGCUGAAGUUCGGCUGGAGGUUCGACCACCCGCUCGACCAUCCGCUGCCUGACUCGCUGAUAGAUCUCCAUCUCGGUGGCACGUUCAAUCACCAUAUCGAGGGGGUCACGUGGCCGCCACGACUUGCCGUGCUGCGUUUCGGGGAUCGAUUCAACCGUCAGGUAGAGCUGGUGGCGUGGCCUGCCACGCUGCAGAACCUGACCUUUGGCUCGUCCUUCGAUCAGCCCAUAGAGGCAAUCAAGUGGCCCGGCGGCCUGGAAGUUCUAAGGCUCGGAGACGCCUUCAACCACCCGGUCCAGGCGGCUGACUGGACAAGCGCGACCAACCUCAAAAUACUCGAGUUCGGGACCGCCUUCCGCUGCGCCGUUGCCGAUGUGGCGUGGUCUCCGGGGCUAAGGGAGCUACAUUUUGGACCUUGCUUCGACCAGCAGCUAUUCGCGAGCCAACUUCCGAGGGGCCUCAGGCUGCUCCGUAUCCCAGACGUGUGCGACACCUUCGAGCCGGACGACUUGCCAAAAGACUGCAAGGUUCGCAUUUACAGGACCGACAUCUUUGAGUUCUGGUAGUACAUUUUUGGAGUCAGAAGCUCUUGCUCAUCUCGCAGAGGGAAUUUGGGGUCCGAAAACAUAAGGAGCUGACCUGUACAGAGAACUCGAGUCUGAUGUUGUGUGCCGCAGCAGGACGGCGGCAACGAAAGUUUUGGCGCCUCGGUCAACCACCGCUUGGACACCUUGUGUAUAGGAGAGAGGAAAGAGGCAGCGCGAGGCAACUAUUGCUGCAGUAUUUAUUUAGCUCCUUGGCGCUCGCCAGGCAACUUGUGGAGCACCGGAAGAAAAAAAGACAGUCCUAUUAAACGCGAAUGUGGGCGAGUGGUGGUGCAGUUAUGUCCUUGGGUCUGUUGGUGUCUUCCUGUCUGUUCGCCAUCGUGGUUUCGUCCAGAAUAUGUCGUCAGUUGCGCAAGGUUCCGGCACAAAGCUACUCCCUUUUCUUGAGCACCGACCUUAAGGAUAUACAGUAGCGUCGCGUUUCAGCCAUAUACUAACUACAAAACAAAAUGGUGCGCCUAGUGUCUCCGUAGCCCUGGUACAGAACGCGCCUGCAUCCAAGAAACUUUUAGACUUGCCCCGAGGUUCCUGAU